AUGAGCACCUUAAGAGCUAAAGCUGUAUUAAUUGGCGAUGAAGUUCAUAUCGCUGGUAAUAAAGAUCACUGGGGCCGUGGUAGUGGAGAAACAGCGAGUACAACAACUGCAUCAUCGAAAAAACCAGUUUUUGGUAUCGUUGAAUUCGAACAAAACGGUGAUACAGUUGUUCUUACAGGAAAAAUUGAAGGACUUGGAGAAAAUACACAACAUGGUUUUCAUAUUCACGAGUUCGGUGAUGUUAGCAAUGGAUGUACAUCAGCUGGUCCACAUUUUAACCCACAUAAAAAACAACAUGCUGGUCCAGAUGAUGCUGAUCGACAUGUUGGUGAUUUAGGAAAUGUUCAAUCGGAUGCCAACGGUGUGGUAACAUUAAAUCUAACAGAUAAAGUAAUUUCACUUCAUGGUGGAAAUUCAAUUCUUGGUCGUUGUUUGGUUAUUCACGAAAAAGCUGAUGAUUUGGGUCGUGGUGGUGAUGAAGAAUCGAAAAAAACUGGUAACGCUGGAAAACGUUUAGCUUGCGCUAUUAUUGGUACAAUUAAUGCGGAAAAAAAGUAA